AAUUUAAUCGACGUGAUCAUAAUUGAAAAACAUCGCUUCUGUCAAACACUAUCCGCCAAACAAAAAAGACCACCCCACCGCCAAACAAUGGAGAAGACGAAGAAGAGCAACCACAGCCGUACGAUUGACCUUCUCUCCGGCUACGAUCAACGGACAGGAAUCUACCACAGCCUUCGCUCCUCUCUCUCCUUACCUCCCAUCGACCAACCUCUCUCCGCAUCCGAGUACGUCCUCUCCCUCCUCGGCACCUCCUCGCCGCCCGCCACCGCCGGAAAAAACAUUGAAUCCCUUACUUACCUCGUCAACGCGAACUCCGGCGAGAGUCUAACUUACGGAGAGCUUCUCCGUAAGGUUCGCUCUCUCGCUGCGACUCUCCGGGAGCGGUUUACCUCCGGAGACGUCGCGUUUAUCCUCUCCCCGGCUUCGCUGCACGUUCCGGUGGUUUAUUUAGCUUUAAUGUCGAUCGGAGUUGUGAUCUCUCCGGCGAAUCCGAUCGGAUCUGAGGUGGAGGUGAGUCACCAAGUCGAAGUCAGCAAACCGGUGAUCGCCUUCGCCACGUCGGAGACCGUUAAUAAACUCCGUUCCGGUUCAUUCCCUCUCGGAGUCGUUUUAAUUGACUCUCCCGAGUUUCUCUCCUGGUUAACUAAACCGGAAUUGGAUAAUCCGAUUCCGGUUCGGGUUAACCAAACCGACACUGCAGCGAUUCUCUUCUCGUCCGGGACCACGGGGAAAGUCAAAGGCGUUCUCCUCACUCACCGCAACGUAAUCGCGUCAACGGCUGUCUCUCACCAACGAGCGGUCAACGAUCCCGUUGACUACGACCGCGUUGGACUCUUCCCUCUGCCGUUAUUCCACGUGUUCGGCUUCGCGAUGAUGAUCAGAGCCAUCUCGCUAGGAGAGAAGCUUGUGCUUCUCGGGAGGUUUGAGCUCGAGGCGAUGAUGAAGGCCGUGGAGAAGUAUAAGGUCACUGGUAUGCCUGUUUCUCCGCCGUUGAUCGUGGCGUUGGUUAAGUCGGAGCUGACGAGGAAGUACGAUCUUAGUUCGUUGCGUUCGUUAGGAUGCGGCGGUGCUCCGCUUGGUAAAGAUAUCGCCGAGAGGUUUAAGCGGAAGUUCCCAGGCGUUGACAUUGUUCAGGGCUAUGGCUUGACGGAGAGUACUGGGCAAGCAGCGGCGACGUCUGGACCAGAAGAGAUGGUUAGAUACGGAUCGGUUGGUCGUAUAUCUGAGAAUAUGGAAGCGAAAAUCGUAGAUCCAUCCACCGGAGAAGCAUUACCACCGGGGAAGAACGGUGAGCUUUGGCUCCGAGGACCAGUCAUCAUGAAAGGUUAUGUGGAGAAUGAGAAAGCAACUGCUGAGACGUUAGAUCAAGAAGGGUGGUUAAAGACUGGUGAUCUUUGUUACAUUGAUCAUGAAGGGUUUUUAUAUAUUGUUGAUCGGCUAAAAGAACUUAUCAAAUAUAAGGCUUAUCAGGUCCCACCGGUAGAAUUGGAGCAGAUUCUUCAGUCGAAUCCGGACGUGGUUGAUGCUGCAGUUGUUCCGUUUCCGGACGAGGAUGCCGGAGAGAUUCCAAUGGCUUUCAUAGUGAGAAAACCAGGAAGCAAUCUCAACGAAGCUCAAAUCAUUGACUUUGUAGCUAAACAAGUUGCUCCGUAUAAGAAAGUAAGAAGAGUUGCUUUCAUAAACGCGAUUCCCAAAAACCCUGCUGGCAAGAUUCUGCGUCGGGGGCUUACUAAAAUCGCCGUGGAUGGCAACAAGUCUAAGCUUUGAGAUAACCGGCUGGCUUAUACAUGAUUCCAUCGGUUCUCAGUGAAAUAUGGACCCGGUUUGGAAGAAAUUCUCCAUUUACCGCUUCAAUUUUAUCCCAUACAUAUCUGUAGUUUCUUGCAUUUUAUUGGUUGGUCUGUUGAAUAAGCAAGUAGUAAAGUGAGCGGUUUGUAUUCUCAUUAAUAUGAUUUAAAUCAAGUAUAGACCGUUCGAUCAACCAA